GCGUCGCGUCGUCAGUUGGGUGGCAACUGUCGGGCAUGCUGUACAUCUUCUGCAUCUCCCGGAACUACUCAUCAUCCUCGUGUUGUUCAAACUGAACCGAGCAAACUCACGAAUAAAGCAACAUCGUUUUUGUACGACAAAAAUCAUCAUUCGAUCGACAAUCGUGACAUCAUCACAAAUUCACUGAAUAUGUGACAUGGCCGGUGUGGACAAAUAAGUCGGUGAAAUAAUAGUGAACAGAGUGCAGUGACAGUGAAGCAAGUGUCUUGAGUGGAGGUUUAACCCUGUCCAGUGGUCGGGGGUGUGGAUUACUUAUGCAAGGGGGUUGAUAACAAACGACUAUGGUUGCCAAGCAUUUCACGCAGGGCUCCAGUCCAGAGUCCGGUGUGCCGGACAUGACUGUCAUCAGUGACAUCGACGAGAGGGGAAUCAAUAGGAAUCUGCAAGUGCGAUAUGGACGAGAUCAAAUCUACACAUACACAGGAUCGAUUCUGGUGGCAGUCAACCCAUACAAAGAGGUCGAUGUCUACACAAUGGAUCACGUGCACAGGUACCAUGGCCAGAAGAUGGGCUCCCUCGAGCCUCACGUGUUCGCCCUGGCUGAGGCUGCUUAUCGAUCACUCCGAAAUACCGAGAGUAAUCAGUCUUGUGUUAUUUCUGGGGAGAGUGGAGCUGGCAAGACUGAGACAACAAAGUUCAUACUCCAGUAUUUGUGCUCGGUGACGAGUAAUGUUGAUACUUGGGUUGAGCAACAGAUUCUAGAAGCUAAUACAAUCCUCGAAGCUUUCGGAAACGCUAAGACUGUCCGCAAUGACAACUCCUCGCGCUUCGGAAAAUUCAUGCAGGUCUGUUUCGACUCAAAAUGGAUGAUAAAAGGCUGCAUUAUCCAGGACUACCUCCUGGAGCAGUCCCGUAUAACCUUUCAAAGCCCAGGGGAACGGAACUACCACGUGUUCUACCAAUUAGUCGAGGGUGGAAUCCAAGACCGAGAGUUUGCCGAGCAAUAUCACUUGCUGCCAGCAUCGAAGUACAAGUACCUCAAUCAGUCAGGUUGCACCAAGAUCGAGGGUGUCUCAGACAGCAAGAAACUCGACGCCCUUCGACUGGCCUUCACCGUACUCCAGGUGCCCUCCGAGAUGUGCGAGGGUAUCUACCGAGUUCUAUCUGCCAUUUUGUGGCUCGGAAAUUUGAAUUUUCAAGAUGUCGACGGUGAACGUUGUGAACUAACGCAGGAAGACGUUGAAAUUGUUGAGACUGUUGCACCUCUCCUGGGGCUUCAGCUCGAGGACCUCACGAAAGUCGUUCUGGUGAGGCAGAUCAAUGUCCGGGGGAAUAUCACAGAGAUUCCGCUGAAGGUACAAGAGGCCAGGGAGAACCGACAUGCCAUGGCUAAGGCCCUCUACUCGAGGACAUUUGCCUGGUUAAUCAAUCACAUCAACAAUUGCACAAAUCCUGGACAGGACUCCUCCAGAUUCCUCGGGGUUCUCGAUAUCUUUGGCUUCGAGAACUUCACCGUCAACAGUUUCGAACAGCUCUGCAUUAAUUACACAAACGAGAAGCUCCAUAAAUUCUUCAAUCACUAUGUCUUUGCUAUUGAGCAGGAGCUGUACAAGCAGGAGGAGAUACAGUAUUCACAUAUUACGUUUACCGAUAAUACACUGUGCCUGGAGUUGAUUGAAAAGCCACCGAGGUGUGUCCUUAAACUGCUGACGGAGCAGUGCCACAUGCCAAAGGGCUCAGACACUGCGUAUCUCACGAAUCUACAUUCCGAAUUCGAGGGACAUCCUUGCUAUGUCAAGGGAGACGACCGAAGGAAGUGGGAGAAGGAAUUUGGACUCAAACAUUACGCUGGAGCUGUGACAUACACAGCAGAAGGUUUCGUAGAUAAGAAUCGAGAUGUUCAACAGGACGUGUUCUUCGAUUACAUGAGCAGAAGUACAAACGAAUUCGUCCAAGAAAUUACAAUUUAUCAGGAUCUUCUCGGUUGCACUGUGGCAAGAGCAUCUGGAAGUACCACGACAAUGUCCAGGGGCACCACAAAGGGAAAGCCAACCCUCUGCGACUCCUUCAGGCAUCAGCUCCAGGCACUUGUGGACGUACUCCAGGGGACUACCCCCUGGUACGCCAGGUGCAUCAAGCCAAACAUGGAUAAGAACGCCAAUCAUUACGAUGAGAAACUAGUUCUGGAUCAGCUGAGGUACCUGGGAAUGCUUGACAUCAUCAGAAUCCGGAAAGAGGGCUUUCCCAUUCAUCUGCAGUUCUCGGACUUUGUUGCGAGGUACAGGUGUCUCGUGAAGGGUAGGACUAUGUUGCCGAAGGACGACAGGGAGGCCACCAGGUGCCUGAUUAAGAGCCAAGGGAUCGAGGAGACCGAGUGGCAGAUUGGAAGGACUAAAGUCUUCUUGAGGAGCUACGUUCACGAACCUCUCGAGGACUCCAGGAAUAAACUCGUCACUAGGAAUGCAAUUAUUAUUCAGAAGGUCUGGAGAGCUUAUGUUGUGAGAAAGGACUAUCGACGUGUCCGUGAUGCAGCCCUAAAAGUCCAGCACGCAUACCGCGGCUGGAAGCUCCGCAUAAUGUUUAUAAGAAAGCGUCGAGCAACAAUUGUGAUCCAGUCACACCUUCGUGGAGUAUUUGCAAGGGAGGUAGCAGCAGCCCUACGUGAAAUGCGACGAGUGGAUGAGGAAAUGAGAAAGCGCGAGCGUAUGGAGGAGGAGAGACGACUCAUGGAGGACAAGAAAGCUCUCGAGGACAGUCAAAGCGCUCAGUACAAUGGUAUUGUUGGAAUGGAGCCUGGAAAAGCGCAAGAGGAGAUCGCAGCCCUUUCCCAAAUGGCCGAGCAAUUGAACUCAAAAAUGGCAACUACCGAGCUCCAAUCUGUCGAUCUCGACAACCUAUUCUCCUUCCUCUCCGACGUUCAAGCCACAAAAACCCACCAGACAAUAGAAGAACUUGGAGAGCAAAUGGAGGAGCUCGUGGAGGACCUGGACGCUGAGCUGGAGAGUGUCAUUCAGUUGGAGAUGGAGAUGAUUGCAAAAUCAGACUCUAAAAUGUCGAAUCUAAAUUCGCCAGAGGCACCGAGAAACGGCACCAAAAUGGGCCCUCCCAGCCUACCUGAGCCCACAGGUCCACCACCACCACCACCUCCCCCACCUCUUCCCACUAAUGGUGAGACAAUUGACACGAACGAGCCAAUUUACGAGUCAGUGCUCCCCAGGGACGAGAGUGACACGAGUGUUCCCAUUCGUAUCAAUGGGCACUCGACCCAGACAAAUGGUGACACCUGUCCAUCACCUCCACCUGUUCCAGCGACGAAAAUCAUGAAGGAACCGGUGAUAAAUAAUCCACCUUCACGUCCGGAGUCCAGAAACUCCACAAAUCAUCAUUUGGUGCAUCAGACUAAUGGAGGACAUCAUCAGGUGAUGCCAAAUGGUCACGAUGUUGGGGUCGUGGGGGGACAGAAUGUUGUGGCCCAGGGGCAAGUCGGGCAGGGACAAAUCCAGGGCCCACCCGGUGUACAGGGGAUGCAGAAUGGGGGCCAGGGACAACCAGAGAGAGAGCAGAGGAGGAAGUUCAGGGUUGAGAGGAAGCUGCAGGAGCUUGAGGACAAGAAAGAACCCGUGGAGAAUGAGGUAUUGUAUCACGACAUCGUGGAGUUCGCCCAAAACUAUUUCAACAGUCAUGAGAGAUCUCCGGAAGGUACAAUAAUGGCGACCCUGACACGAAAAUCCCGAGGUAAGAGUAUAGAAUUUAUUCCCAAGUACGAGAUGGUGACUUACUACAAGGGCUCCACUAUUCCCAACUCGCAUAUCCACAUGUACGAUCCUGACAAUGUCAACCUUGCCUGUUCAACAUUCCGAGACCUUUGCAAGUACCUCCGAGGGGAGAUGAAGUUGGAACAGGAAAUCGCGACAAUCCAGUCGAUAAUAAGUAAUGGAAUCGAGCGAGAGGAGAUGAGAGAUGAAAUCCUGGUCCAGUGCAUGAGACAGGCCACUAAUAACCCCAACCCCGAGUGGGCGGAGAGGGUUUGGCUGCUCCUCUGCCUGGCUAUUGUCGCUUUCCAGCCAUCAAAACUUCUGUACAAAUAUUUCGUCUCAUUCCUACGUAAGAAUCUAGCUCUAGAGGGGAAGCUGAGGCAGUACGUUCAGUGGUGCGUCGAUAAUUGCAAGAAUACCAAGGUCUCCUGUCGACAGUUUCCCCCUUCAACUGUGGAGAUUGCAGCAAUGAGGAGAUUGGGUACCAUUGUUUGCAGAUUUUUCUUCCUCGAUGGAAGAACCAAAGCCAUUGAUGUGCAUCCAACGGACACAGCUGCUGAUGCUGCUGCCAAACUUGCUGAGAAGUUGGGCCUGAGGUCCCUGGAGGGCUGGGCGAUCUAUCAGAGCCGUCCGGACGGUGAGGAGCACGUCCGAGCCCAUGAUUACCUCUACGACGUGAUUGCCGCUUGGGAAAUGAAGCAGUGCAAGCUCAAUACCUCCACCUCCUCCUUCUCUACCCUUCGUCGUGGGUCUAAUCAGACUCUGGGCAGUGGUGACAAUCGUUUUGUUUUCAAACGUCGUCUCUUCCGAAAUACUCGUGAGCUAUCGCAAGAUCCAGUGGAGGUUAAUAUGUUGUACUCGCAGGCUGUUUACAACGUAGUCAAGUGCGAUGACUUUCCAGUUUCUGAGAAAGUGGCCCUGCAACUAGCGGGCCUCCAGGCUCAAGUGUCUCUGGGUGAUCCAAAGGACAACGAUAGGCUCGAUUAUUACAGUGAAGUUGACAGUUUUCUACCCUAUCGAAUCAGCAGAGCUCGAGGAGACGAUGUCUGGGUGCCAAUAAUAGCUCAGGCUCACAAACAAUAUGGCUGUGGAAGAUCUGAACUCACAGCUAAGGUCCUCUAUCUCUCCUGCGUGAUGCAGUAUCCCCUCUAUGGCACAACAAUGUUCAAUGUCACUUAUCGCGGCUACUGGUCAUACGGUAAUCAGUUGAUUCUGGGAAUAAAUUGUGAUGGUCUGAUGCUCAUAAAACCCGAAGACAAGUUCGUCGUCUCGGAAUAUCGUUACCAAGACGUGGAGAGCAUAAUGCUCGAUCCAAGUGACUCCUUCAUCACGAUAUCCCUCCUCAGGCAUAAUCCUGAUAGCUCUCACAAAUGUUUUGUCUUCGAGACACCCCAGAAGAAUGAAAUAGGAAGUUUGAUAGUGAGUUAUUGUCCAGCUUUGGCUGGAUGGAUAACCGAGAAUGAAGCACCAACGAAACGAACAAAAUGCAUCACAAAUGAAGACAGAGUUCGUUUAUAUCACAAUUUAGUCAACUGCAGGAGAACAUUAGUGGACUCGGAGGCCCUGAGAAAGCCUCAGGACUCGGGUGGUGGUUUCCUGAGGAAUACACUUCGAAGAUUAUCGAAACACAGAAUCGAGAAACUACGGCAGGAGCAUGGAAAUAGCACAGAUGAUGGUGAGACCUAUAAAGGAUUCCCUCAUGCUUACUGGGCCUUCAGCAGAGGAGCCAUUCCCCAGAGUCUCACUAAGCUACCCGAUCCUGAAGAGCAGAUCUCCCUGUCUGUCUUCCAACUCGUGUUGACUUACGCUGGACUGGGACAGAAUGGUGAUACAGUUAGAAGGGUUGAGGAUGAGCAUGUGAAUUUGAUUCAAUCUGUGAUGGAGAGGUGCAUGAGGAAGGAGAAUCUCCUGGGGGAGUUGUAUCUCCAGUUGAUCAAACAGACGACUGAUCAUCCCGAUCCCAAUAGCAGAGUCAAUCUUAGACACUGGGCACUCCUAUCACUCGCUUGCUCUGUCAUUCUCCCGCCCCAGAAAAUCAUCAGGAAGUAUCUGAUUGCUCAUCUUAAGAGAUGUGCCAGUGAUUACGUUACUGAGGAGGGCAAGUACGCGAGAUUCGCUGAGAAGUGUCUGUACAAGACACAGGGGACCAGGAGGAGACAGUGGCCACCUAGCAGGGAGGAGAUCAUGUGCACCAUCAACAGAAGACCUAUCUACGCUAGGUUUCACUUCAUGGACGGACAGUAUCACGCUGUGGAGUUUCAUCCUUCAGCUACUGCUAGGGAUGUCAUGGAGAUCAUCAAGGCGAAAAUUGGACUCGGAGAGUCUGCAAUGGGUUAUGCUAUUUACGAGGUGUUAGGCACCACUGACAGGGCUCUCAUGCCUGAAGAGAAGAUCGCUGAUGUUAUGUCCAAGUGGGAGAGGUAUAGAACUAGCCAACAAUCAGCCCAGCCACAGCGAAAACAUGGACAUCAUCUGUUUUUGUUCAAAAAACAUUUGUUCUUGGAUCAGUACAUGAACCUGGGGGAUCCUGUCGAGAAGGAACUCCUGUAUCACCAAGUGCUUCAUGAUUUACGAGCUGAUAAAUUCCCUAUCACUGAGAAGGAGGCGAUGAUGCUGGCGGCGCUGCAGGCACAGCUGGAGUUGGGUGAUUGCUUGGAUACUGUCAGUGGACCUGAAUACAGGACCGUUGCUAGCCACUGUCUACCAGCCAGAAUAGCUCCCAAUAUCAGUGUUGAGGGAAUUGUUCAGCAUCAUCAGUCCCUCAGGGGAAUGACCCCCAAUGAGGCGAAGAAAGCGUUCUUGAAUUUUAUUCAGUCGUGGCCACUGCACAGGGCUACGAUUUUUGAUGUCAUGCAGUCAUUCACUUCUAACUGGCCCAGAGUUCUCUGGCUCGCUGUCGAUCAGCUGGGAUUGCAUUUACUGGAACACAGGUCCAGGAAUGCUUUGUGUACUUAUGAGUACAGCAGUAUUUUGAGCUACAGUCCUGCGCUGAAUUGUCUUAUGAUUAUUACUGGGACUGAUAAGAAACAGAGCAAGGUUAUUCUAACUACUACACAGGCUUGUCAAAUAGCAAAUUUGAUACGCGAAUACACAGAAGUCCUCCAAAUACCACCAGAAGUACCAAAGAGAGAUUCAGGUAUGCCUCAACAUAUGACCUCAAUUCAACCAAUAAACGUCACUGCCACAGCCACGAGUGGCCAUAAAUCCCGACCGGCCUCAACAUUGCACCGAGGUGCACCGGUCAUUCACUCGCAGGCUAGCUAAAACAAUUUUCUAAAACCAAAAAAAAAUGUUUUUUCGUUGUUCAAAUCAAUGACGAUGGAGUACUGAAUGUAUUUACCGAUGAGGCCUAUUGUGACGAUUAGCAUGAGAGGAAUUAGCCUAGUACAUUCUUCUUCCAGUAUUUAUUGUAAGUAAUUAGGAGUAUUUUACUGCUGUCAAAGACACGAGUUAUCAACUGCCAUUAAAUCAAUUUUACCGAUGAAAAUAUGGAACCAAAGCGGAUUUUUUAAAUGCUCCAUCAAUCAACUCCGACGAGAUUUUUGUCUCAAUCUCUCUCUAUCUGUAUCAUAUCAAUCUACAAAAGUUUGAAUCAAAUAGAAUUUAUCGGAAAUCAUUUCAAAUCGUAAUUUUGAAAGAUUAAGAUGAAGUGGAGCGAAGGAUGACUGACUAGUUGUCAUAGAAAUUAUUUAAACAAAUCUAUGGAGUUAACUAAAUUGACGCAAAUGUCAAGAAAUAUUUUGUAUAAUUUAUAGACAUUGUCGUAAUUUUAAUUGCUAAAUUUCCCUUUUUUAUCAAAAUUAUAUGAUUAGACCAUUUGCAUUUUCCACCCCGAACACAUUGACCAAUGAGGAAAAAGUCUUAUGUAUGAAGUUAGCCAAUGACCUAUGGGGCUAACUUAAUUUAUGCGCUCGUGCUUUCUUAUAAUUAAUAUAAUUUAGAGUCAUAUCUUUGAAGUUUUACUUAACGCUAAUGAUUAUUUAUAAUUUUUUAUUUUUUUUAAGGUACAUGUCAUUUUUUUCGCAUCAUCUCCUCACUCCACUUCUCUAAUUAAACAAAUAGGCGUAAUUUACCUGGAAUAAUAAAUUAAUUGUACAGCUUUCUGUACGUUGCUCCUAUACGCAACGAUGCAAUGUUAAUUAUCAUUCAUAAUUACGUAGCUUCGAAAAAUAAUAAAUUUAAGAAUUCAGACAUCGUUGCCAUAUGAGGAAUAGAGAAUCAUUACGAGAGAUUACAUUACGAGAAUCAUGGAAAGAGGAGUAAUGACGACUAAGAUAAUGAAAUUCUGUUAAUCUCGAUAGAAACGAAAUAGCAAUUCGACAGGAAUUUGUUAUUUAUUUGUGACAAUCCUUUGAUUGACGCUGAAACGCGAGGAUUAAAUAAUAAUUAGCUUAAAUAGUACGAGUAGUAAUGACUCAUUGAGUAAAUAUAAAUUAUAUUGAAUUAUAUUAAAACUUAUUUAGGUUGUGAUGGAAUCAGUGGGGGAGAGGUAAAUCUUAACAAGUUGAAUUACCAUUUUAAUUACGAGAAUUGUAAUGCAAGGUUGUGUGGAACGCCUCGCGAUUACGUCCAAGAGUAAAUUAUUAAAUGAAUUACUAUUUUACGUUCAAUGUCCAAAGAUUUACUGCUGGCUGGUUGUUAUAAUUGACUUCCUCCUUAAGUGUAUAUAAUAUACUGAUUAUAAUUGAUAAUUGACGAUUCGAUUUAUGAGUAUUCGAGGGAAUUUAACAGCCCCCAUUUAUCGGACCAAUUGAUGCAUUUGUAUGUUUUUUACAUUUUUAUUUUUAUUGAAAAUCGUGAGACGAGUGUUCUGCAUAUCUACUCCACAUUUUUGUUAACACUGAACAACAAAAAAAUAUAUCGUGUAGUUUAAUGGUGAGAUUUUAUACUUUUUUGCAAAUAUCUGAAAAUGUACUGGGGUUUUUGAAAAAUGGGAGACCUUUUGUGCUGAAAAUUUAACGAUUUACAGAAACCGUUGUUACAUCUUAUAAAUUGAUAAACUAUGAUAAGUGCAUUCUUCCAUUUUUUUACAAUACAGCUACCACAAAAUUUUUGGAUGACAUUUAACCCAAAAAACAAUCAUUUUUGAACAAUGCACUUAUUUUAGUAUUUGUGAAUAUUCUCCCCACGAAUUUUCAAUUACCAAAACGGUCCGCAAUUAAUCUCAUUCAUUACCUCGAUUUCCGAAAAAAGCAUUAUCAUGAUUUUUUAUAUUUUUCUCAAUGAUUUAUCGACGUAUUCACAAAAUGCGAUUCACCACUCGACUACCUAAUUAAAUCGAAAAAUCAUGGGCUUGUAAUUUUUAUGAGUGCAGAGGCAGACUGUGAUCCGCAUCGGGUGUUCUUAGUCUUCGAAAAAUUGUUUUUACCAUGAAUACGAAAUAAUCCGUGUAUGAGUAAAGGGAGGUGUAAAAUUAAUGAAUAAUUAAUUAACUACACUGGAAUGGAGUAAUCACAGACGUGAAGACGAUAUGAGUUAUGCGAACGUCCGUACGUACGUAGCUUAGAAUUAUUAUAAAUAAUUGGUUGACAAUGUUAUUGAAUUAUAUAUGAAUGAGAAUCUUGGAAGAAACUGAAAGGGCUGUAUAUAAAAUGUAUACAAUGCGUACAUUUAAAAUAUGGGAUGGAAAUAAGUGGCAUAAGGGUUGAUUAUGUAAACCACGCACACAUACGAGGACGAGUGAAGGCGUCUAUGUAUGAAUUAUAUGGAUAUACUCCGACUCUGUGUAUAAACAGAAUAAAAUCGUAUAUUAAAAAAAUGGAGGAAUUAUUUAUACAGCGGCGUUUCAUUCAUGAGGCGAUUUGCGAUUUUUCGGGAGCUCUGGAAUCGAUUCCUACGUUUUUCGCAUUUUUCUCAGCUGCUGGAGGUCCUAGAGCAUAAGGCCCUAAGUCCAGGUACCCUAUUCUCUGUGAUUAUGCCUUACCAACAGACACGUUCACCAUCGUCGUCCAUCUCCCCCAUAAUCUCUGAUAUAGUUUUUUAAUUGG